AUGUUCGGCUGGUUCUCAUCUCUGGGCCUCGGACUUGUGGCAAAUUUUCAGGAAACGAACUUAGAGGGCGUACACAUGACUGGGGUAGCGAUGAAGAUUGGUUUUGGUAUCUUGUACAUGUAUCUACAAACUUUCAUAUCGUGCAAAAUGUCCGACACCGUGACCCUAAGUAGAGUCCGGCUGGCAAUGUCCAUAUCGUGUACAAUCACAGCGGCUUCAUGUGGAUAUCAAGCACACAUGACAGCGGCUAUCAGUGAGUGGUUGACUUGUAUUGUGUUCCUUCUAUAUUUUGCCACGUUUGUUCAGGAUUUCAAACGAAUCUCAGCUUCUGUGACAUUUCACAUAAUUUAA